AUGCUAAACCCAUGUCUCUCUCGGAAUAGCCGCAUCAGCCAAGGACAGCAAAACCUGUCGGGCAGGGCGCCAGUAACGCUCCUUCGCGAUCUGGACCAGCCUUUUGUCUUUGAACUGCGUUCUCGCAAGGCUGAAUACCGCCUAGAGUUCCACGACAAUGAUGGACCGGAAAACUGGCGGCUUCUCCAGCCAGACCUUGUUCUCCUCUGUUACGAUAUAAGCCAACGGUUAAGCUUGAUUAACAUGCAGAGAGUAUGGAUCAAAGAAGUCCGCAGUGCUUUCGAGACAAGCGACGUCUUGCCGGUGGUCGUGCUGGGCCUCAAGAGAGACCUCCGUUCGGAGGAUGACCCCAACGGCAUCAUCUACCCCCAAGAAGCUUAUCGCAUCGCCCAGGAGAUGAGAGCAGACAAGUAUGUCGAAUGCUCUGCGGCGACGGGAGAGCUGUUGCACGAGGCGUUUGAGGAUAUUUACCUCACAGCCGUCAAAACGACCACCGCCGAAGGUGGGCAGACGGAGGGAACCUGUACGAUGAUGUAG